AUGUCGAACCCCGCUCGGCCAGAGGCUGUCCUUAGCGGCGCCUCACCAGCACCAAGCGCGGAGGACUCCGCCAUGCCACCGAAGGAGGUGCUCGCGUCACGACCUCGCAGAAAGUUGCCCGGAUGGCUGGAUCACUUCAAUGCGCGCGACUUGAAAAUUCUAUUUCGCUGCACGGUGGCAGCAUGGGUCGCUUCAUUGUUGAUCUUCAUCAACCCCGCCUUACAAACGAUUGGAACAGCCACUUUCUUCGCGACACUGGUGCUGUUUAUGGUGCCUCCCAAUGGCAUUGUUUUCAUCUUCAUCCUAGGAACACUCACCCUCAUCAUUGGCAUGGGCCUCGGCUGGGGGUGGGGUGUCAUCGCGAUGAAGGCGGCUCUGGCGGCGCGACCGGCUGCUGAUACUCAGGCGAAAUUACAAGCCCUGGGCCAACAUGCUUAUAGCGUGGCUAACUCGACUGGACAACCCGUUGCAGCUGUCCAGCAACAGCUUAUCUACGAAGGCUGGAUGCUGGACACUCGUGUGUCAGCUGUCUACUUUUGCUUCAUCUGUUUCCUCGUCUAUGUCUUGGCGCGCAUCAGAGCCAAGAACCCCAAAUUCACUUUGAUCCAAAUCUUUGGAACUAUCAUUAUGGAUCUUUUCAUCACCAUUGGGCCACUACUCCCAUCAUUCAAUGGAACCAUGCCCAAGGUCCUCAUCGAGCCAGCAGCAAUUGGAAUUGGGAUCGGACUGGCUUGCAAUAUCUUGUUUUUCCCAACAUCGACUUCCCACACCGUCCUCGAGGGCAUGGAAGGAGUUGUACGGCUCCUCAAAGGCCCCUUGGAUGCGACCGUGACAAGUUUGAUUGAUGAAGAGAACCUGGAAGUGGCAGACUUGCAGAAGCUCAAGAUGAAAGCCCUUGGAGCGUACAAGAAAGUUGAGCCGGCGCUUGGUUUCUUGCAGCUAGAUUUCUCGGUGAGCCGGUGGAAUGCGGACGAUGUGAAGAGCUUGAAGGAACCCAUCCGUCGAGCCGCGCUGAGUUCUCUAUCGCUGCUAGAAUUUCACAUAUCCCGUGUCGGAGGAGAAGCGAAACUGGAGAAACUCCGUACAAUCACCGCAAAACACAAUCAGUAUUCUGAGAUUGAGGACGCGGAGAAAAAGAAAGGAAAGGGACAACCACGCGAAGUGGGCAUACGCCAACUACUCGAGAGCCUCAGUCUUGUGAAAGCAUUCACUACCCCUGAGCAUGAGGUCCUUCGACAGGAGAUGCUUGAAGCCAUUCGGGAGCCUUGUACAAAGAUUCUACCAGCCUGUCAGGAAGCGAGUGCGCUAGUUGCCGACUGUAUCCAUGCGGUGAACUCUUCACGGUGGUUCGGCAAACCAUCUAAGGCUCGAUUGGAUGACCUUCUCCAGCGCAGUGAAUCUUCUCUAGAAACCCUCAAAAAUCUGCGGGUCUCAUAUGCUUCAGAAACUACAGAACGACUCAUCCAGACAAAUGCGGAGAUUUUCGAUGAAAGUGGGAAGUUGAAGAACGUCGAUGAUCACACAAUGCAUAAAGUGAGGGGAAUCGCCGUCGGCAUGGUCUUUGAAGAACAAAUUCUUGCCGUUACAGACGCCUGGGAAAAGAUCUUGGAACAGGUUGUUGCACUGAUGAAGGAACGCCAACGAGUCCGUCUCUGGCUUCCACGGGGACUGCGGUAUGCGUUUGACUGGGUGUUCCACCGAGAGGCUGUUGCCCCUGUCCUUGCUGCGCAGUCCCCAUUUGUUGACCCCGAUGUGGUCGAAGAGCAAUCGAAAGCCGCCCAGCAGAGCCUCAACAUGAGCCGGGGAUACAAAUUCAAACGACGCAGCGGCCUGGGACGCAUGAUACUCGGCGCAUAUCACUGGCUUAUCAACGCUGAUGGGUUGUACGCGAUGCGCAUGGUAGUUGUCACGAUUGCACUGGCCAUACCAGCAGUGAUCCCAUCCAGUGCAGGCUUUUACUACCGCGAGAAAGGUCUAUGGGCCUUGAUCAUGGGCCAGACGACAGUUGUCGUGUAUAUGUCGGAUUUCACUCUAUCAAUCGCCUCUCGCUUUUUGGGAACCGUAGUCGGUGGCGUCGCCGGUCUGGUGGCUUGGUAUAUCGGUUCAGGUCGUGGCCCUGGAAACCCGUACGGACUUGCUGCAAUUAUGGCCGUGGUCCUCAUGCUUCUCAUGUGGGGACGUCUUUUCGCGCCUCCGGCUGUGUUGCAAGCCACGAUCAUGGGUGGUGCAACCUGUAUCCUGGUGAUUGGAUACAGCUAUGAUGAUACGCACAUUCCAUCAUAUGGUAACCCAGGCUGGGGGUACAAUGUCUUCUGGCGAAGACUCUUGCUUGUACUGAUCGGUUCCGCUGCGGCCUUGAUCGUGCAGUUGUUCCCCCGGCCUCCUUCUGCGGCAAGGCAUGUCUGCAAGACAAUGUCGAAUUCCAUCCGAGCGCUCUCUGAUCAUUAUGCACUCCUCCUAUCAUGCUGGGGCCAGCCAGAUCGUGAUGAAGGUCUCAUGGCCGAACAGCUUGCACUUGACCUCGCCGAGUCUCUCUCAGCCCUCGAUGGUCCUGUGGCGCUGCUUCGUCUAGAAUUUUCUGGCUCUCCAUUCGACAGCGAUACUCUCGCUCAAGUAAAGUCAAUUUGCCAUGAAUUGAAUCAGCACCUUGCGAGGCUCCUGUUCCUAUCGGCCUCUCUGCCAGAGAACUUCCAGGGCGUCCUUGCGCGCCGUGCUGGUCUUCUAGACCACCGCAAUAUCGGCGAUGUCAUGGCAGUCCUGGGUAUAGUGGAACAGGCUCUCAAGACUGGUGAUCCUCUUCCCGAGGUGCUUCCCACGCCACUACUCAAGCGCUGCUACGAGUUUUGGCGAGUUCACCAAGUUGAAAUGGAGCUUAGCACGGACCUGAUCAGGGACGAGAACUAUCGCCGCUUCUGUGUUGCCGUGACGGCCUACCUCAAGUUCUUGGGUGCAGUCGAUGACUUGGUGCUCGUCAUGAAGGGCACAUUGGGAGAGUCCCAUAUCGUGAGACGGGAAUUGUUGCCCGAUUUGACUGUAUAA